AUGGGGCGGACUUCAACAAACAGUGCAAAGGAUUCCUGCCUCAAUCUGACAAGUCCUGAUUCCAACGUUUGGACCACAAAUAAUCUGCAAUACGGUUCGACUGGUUGGGAAGUCAAACCGUCCUCCCUGACGAUUUGGGACUUUCUAGCAGCGACGGAGACGCAACGGUCUGAGAACUUCGUUGGUAUCCAGUGGUACGCGAUGGAAAGGCAAAUUCUGCAAAUCAGUCUUAAUGCUAGCAGCUGGCUUGAUUUUGGAUGGAAGGCAGAUCUGAAUGAUACAGCCGUCCUCAAUGGCAAGACUGGCGUAUUACCAAGGUUAUCCGGAGUAGGGGUUUGUGAUAGUGUUCCGGGGGGUCUUUAUUCAUCGUUCCGCUCUGUUACCCUAGGUACGCCAGCAUCUACAGGGGAACAAGACGCCGCAAACAUCUACCCAUACAACGAAACGUCAGAAGCGGCUUUUUUGGCUAAUUUUCUCCUUGACGAAUCUAUCCCGCUCAGCCAGGGGAUUGUGCCGUAUAAUUCUACCAUUCGGCUUAACAACACCCUGAUUUCCCUCGAUGCCCCCUUUCUCGACAUCGCUUUCAACUGCCCAUCUUACACGGGCCCGAGCUUUUUCAACAGCCUCGGUAAUUGCGUGUGCUACAAGGGAAACCCUAUCUCAAUUGACCUACUAAACGACGAGAAGGCUAUCUGA